AUGAGUCACAACAAAAAUAAUGAAGGUUUCCAGCCUGAAGAUAAUAGAGUAGACGUAAUUGAUAAUGUGGAAAAUAUCAUUAUUAAUGAAGAUAACUCACAUCAAGAUGCUCGGACAACACCAUUAGUAUUUCGAAGAGAGCCUAAACAAAGAAAUGAUAAUGAAGAACCUACUCCUGCUGA